CAAGAACUUUUCUGCUCUCAUCAGUAUUAAAACUAACAUUUCUCUUUUACUGAUUUGACAAUUAAGUCCUCAAAAGUGUGGAUGCAUGCUAGUUUGAUACCUUAGCUUUGACCAUUCUGCCUUGAGUGACCCUGCUAGAAGUCUAGUCUCUUAACUGAACUUAUCUUCCUGACAAUAUUGCCCUCAGCUUCCCUGACACAUUUAAGCCCCAUCACCACAAUGAUGUGUGCAUUCAAGAGGUUCUGACUUGGAGUUCCAAAAUCUGACACCACGUCGCUAAGCUUGGAAACACUUUGUGACACAUACUAUAUGGUUAUAUCAAAUAAAAUAGAAUAGAUUAUAUGACUGAAAUACAUAUAUAUCAGUUCAUCCACUGUUUACUCAAUCUGCUUCAUGCAUCUGAUGAAAUGGUCUCUGGCCAAAUAUUUGAUUUGUUUCUCUUUGUUGACUGCACAGGAGAAAGAAUGAGAAAUGUCAUAGUUGAGAUCUGUCAAGAACUAAAAAGACGCUUCCUCAUACCUGUGGCUUUUUGUUGUUGUUAAUACUUUAACACAAGCAGAACAUGACAUUGUGUUUUUGCCUUUCAGAACUUGAGCUCCUUAAAACACAUAUUAGUGCUUUACAAGCAGAAGUUAACUCAUUGAAAGUAACUGCAAAGAAAACCCAGCAAGGCAUCCUACGUUAUAUUUUCCCAAACAUUACAAGAGCUGGAGCAAAAAUAUAUGUAUCCAACGGAGCUGAAGGUGAUUUUGAGACUUCAAAAGAAAUGUGUUACCAGUUUGGUGGCCAGAUGGCUUCCCCAAGAAAUGAAGAGGAGAACAAUGCUGUACUGCAACUUGCUAGAAACUAUGGAAAAAGUGUGUUUUUUGGCAUGAAUGACCAAGAAACUGAAGGAGUUUUUAAGCACCUAAAUGGUGACCAAAUGGAAUACUCAAACUGGGCAAAAGGUGAACCUAAUGGGGUUCAUGAAGACUGCAUAGAGAUUUAUUUGGAUGGCAAAUGGAAUGACAAUAGUUGUAAAAAGUCUCAGCUAAUAGUUUGUGAAUUUUAAUUUGACUUAA